AUGGUGGACCCUGAUCCUUCACAAUAGACCCGGAAAAAUAUAGCAGCACCUGCACAGUUGCUGUUCUCAACAACCAGCAGCCAAGGUGAUCUUCCUCUGUGGCAACUCCCACAGUAGGAAUUUUAGACCAGCAAGGCUUCCUUUCUAUGGCCUCACAAGCCCCAUAACCCCCAAGCCUUGAAAGAUGAUCAGUUCAGUGAAUCCUUCAGAAACCUGCGACAAGGCCAUGGAAAGGAGCAACAACAGAUUUAAAGUAAGCAGUGAGAGGUGGAGGUAGCAGGAUUCUUCGGCUAUUCGCUCGAGCCGUCGGGUUAGCUAGAGGACCCAGCGAGUUACCACCAGCACAUGUCACGCCGGAAAUAGAUGACUGGAAGGACAAGUUCUGAACUCCCCAACACCUGUAAAACACAAAAUGGCAUCCCAAUAAACGCUUCCAUUAUAAGCUCAGACGCAAGAAACAGCCCAAAGACCACUAUCUACGCCCUAUCCAGUGGUGGGGAAGGAGACCCACGACCAGGCUUCCUGUCAUGCUUUCAUUGGCCAGAAUACAAAAACUACGAACUUUUUUUAUUCUUCUUGUCACGUAGGCAAAAUGAUGCAAUAAAUUCUUAUUCCAUGUCUAGGAUAAUGAGAAGAAGAAAGAUAUUAAUCUAUUGAUUGAUUCACAAGCCAAGAAUUUUUUUUCCCUUCUCUACAGUAUCUUAUGGACAAAAUGGAGGGGCCUAGGCAGUUCUAGAUCAAUUUCAUGGAAAAUUGGAGUCCAAUAAUUGUUUAUUUUUAAAGAUAAGUGAGCAUUUGCUGGGGAAUCCACGCUAUGUAGGAUACUUGGAGGAAAUGCUAUUUUAUUGAGCAGAGGAGACUGUAGGUUAAAACUUGCUUGCAGAAAAGAAAGCAUGAAAUCUAGAAGCUUGUUUUUCAAGAAUCCUUGUUAAAUGAAGUUCACUACUUGGAUAAUUCACUUAAGAAGUUGUGUGAGAUUGCUAUGCCAAUGCAGCAUAUAGGAGAUGUUACUCAGAUUUCAAUGGAGAUCAAAUAUGUAAAAGGCAGGAUAAGUCAGUCAGAGGUGGUGAAACAGAAUUCUGAGUUAAAAGGCAUUAAAGAAGAGUUCAAGACUAUAGAGGUGGCAAACGUUUUGAACGUACAGAAACAGUUGUUAAUUGCUGUGGGAGAUGCAAAGAUGAAGACAGAAAUUUAUGGUUCUGACUUGCAGGGCAUGGAAUCUAAGCUAGGAUCUUGCAUAAAGAAGAUAGAAGAGUCAAACCAGGUAACAUAUCAUGUAAAUGAGGACCUAUAUAAUUCCUGGAAACAAAUAAUUGAUGGGAAGCAGCUUGUUCAGAUGUGUGCAUCAGAAACAUCUUCCUGUUGUUGCUUCAAAAAGCCUAAAUACAUGAAUGAACUCCAGGACUUGGAUAAUGCUCUGGAAAGGUUCUGGCAGCAAGUUGUUAGACCUCAGGAACAAGAAUCAAGGAAACUACGUGAUACACGAGCGGAGGCAGGACAAGCUGAGAAGCCAGCAAGAGUCGUUCAUGGCAGGGUGGAGGUGAAGCCAGAUGGGGAUAUGAGAAACAGUAGUGAGAAAAAGAAAGAAACUCAUGUGGAAGGUAAAAGCUCCGGGGGAACUCAUGACUCAAAUCUCACUGAUAGGAAGAUUAAUGAAGUGGGUACUAACUCUGUGCCUUCUGUUGAUGACAAGGAACGCCUGUUUGUUCCUUGGCAGGUCGUGCCUACAAGGCGUGAGCCUGAGCAGCCGCUAGUGUAUCCAACGGGUGAAUCAGGGGAUUCAAAAUUGAAGCAGCAAUGGAAGGAACAAACCCAAAAGCCCAUAAAGGCAGCUGUUAAUGACAAUAACUCUGUAUCUUCGCAUUCAGAUGGGCUUGCAAAGCAACCAAAGGAGAAAAAAAAAUGCAAAGAAGCUGAGAGCUCAAAUCCAAGCGAGAAGAUUGGUUUGGUGCUAGAAGACAUUUCAUCUUUGUGGCCAAGUCUGCCUCUUAAGCCACCAGAGACAAAAGGACUGAAUGAUAAGUUUGGAUCAUCAGGUCCAACUGGGAGCAAUUAUCCAUUGUCAAAUGAUGAUGCAUCAUCAAGUCGGCUUUUGCUUUCUAAGCCACCUGCUGGAAGGGAGGCAUCGAAGAAAGUGAAGAUGGAAGUACUAAAGGAUGGAGUGUCUACAGAUGUAUCAACUGCUUCCAUAGUAUUUGAAGUAAACGCUUUGGCUAAAGAACAUUUCCGAAAUGAGGUUCAAGAUUUGUAAACUGCACAGGUUGAACAUUCUCCAAUCUCUCUUAAGAUCGGAUAGUGAUCCAAGCAGAAAAUGAUAUCUGAUUUUAGCGGGUAAGAAACCAGUCUUUGAUUAUGAGAUGUAAUAUAUGGAUUCUUCAUGAACUAUCAGCAACUAUGGAAGUUCAGUAGUUAGAAUCUCUUCUUCAGUGAGUUUAAUGUUAGACAAAAUUAUUGAGAAUGUCUAUCCAUAAAAGAGGAAAGGAUUGCCUUUUUUUUUUUUUUUUGGCUUUUAGUUAGGAAACUGGGGCUGCAGCCCUAAUGCCAGCUUAUGUAUAUGUAUAUAUAUUUAUUUAUUUUCAAAAUACAUGUUCGCUUCAUCUUUUAUUAGCUUAAGCAUUAGAAUAACUUAUUAUUUCACAUCAUGUAAGGGUAGAAAGUGAGGGAUUUACGUAGUAAUGGAAGGGGAAAUUAAGAAAAAUGGAGAUGAUCAAUGGGUAACUGUUGUUUGUUAUAUCCAGCACUAAAACAGUUUUGUUAAUCAGAAAGAAAACUUUAGCCAGCA